AUGUUUAGUGGUCCUGCUCUGCUCUUUUGGGACGAUGAAACGGGCUCGGGAAAGGUCAAGAAGGCAAAAAAGUCUCCUCGCCCAGCCAGCCAGAGACAGAAAGCCCUCGAGAAGUCAUGGAAGCAAAUGGCCGCAGUACGCAAGCCGGAACUUGAGUACAUUCCAUACGGCCCAUAUGGGAUCCUCAAUUGGAAGUGUAAUGAGAACGAGCCACUGGAGAACCAAGUGAAGAGUCUGAAGGAGCGUGUUCGGAGUCUCGAGAUCUACGUACGAAAUUUCAUCAGGGACCAGGACUUCUUGGAAGGCGACUUUUUUUUGCGUGGAAUAUUGUCUACCCAACGGAUUUUCCGAGGGAAUUUGACGCACUCUUCAAUCAGUUAUGGAACUUCGCUGAGAGCUGGGGGCCGAAGACAUCACUUGUCUGACUAA